CCUCAUCAAUCGAAGGUGGGCUGAUCCAAUUGGAUCCUGCUGAGCUCCGCAUCCCGGCCUUGCUAAACACGAGAAUGUUGUUCAGUGUAAAUGUAAUCAACACUACAGAUUUCUAUGUUGCUUUCCAUGCAUAUUGGAUUCAAAGGAUUGCUCCGCGGGACAUAAGAUCAAAAGAGAAAGGAAUCCUGCCACCUGGAUGCACUACAAAAAUAUUAAUCUCAUGGGCAACAAACCAAACUGAACUAGAUGCCAUGGAGCCCUCAGAAGAUUUAUUUGUGUGGAACCAUGUUGUGACUGAAGGUGUCGAAAGUGGAGACAUCAUUAGUUACAUGGUUGAGGAAGAAAGUAAGAAACUUCCCUUGAUUCUUACUAAGCCAAGCCCAUGUACCUCAAACGAGCUGAUCCAUUUUGACCCGCCUGAGCUACUGCAUCAAAGGCUUAACAUUCUUGACCCGGCUGUGGACCCGCCGACCCGAGCGCUGACACCGAGCGAGGUGAAGUACUGCAAGAAGGCGCUGAAGGCAUUCGACAAAAAGCUCAAGCAGCCGCUUGUCAUCUCCCGGGAGUUUAGAGACCUUACGGACCUAAGAAAAACGCUCCAGUCGACUCAGAAUUUUAAAGUGGCUCUAGAUCCUGAUAAUAGGAAAAGGAACCGCUUUACUGAUGUCAUUCCAUUUGAUGAAACCAGGAUAAGACUACGGUCCUCAACAGGCAAUGACUACAUCAAUGCAUGCCUUAUAAAGCAUUAUGGCAUAGAUCAAACUAAGUUCAUUUCUACUCAAGGACCCCUAGUCAAUACAUUAGAAGAUUUCUGGCAGAUGGUCGUUGAGAACAGCUGUCCUGUAAUUGUUAUGCUCGGCAGAUUUGACAAUAUUAAGUGUGAUGAGUAUCUUCCAUUGAGCAAGUGCCAAGGAAAUUACGGAAAAUUUAACAUUAAUAUCACAAAGGUCAGACAAGAUGGCCAAUUAAUUUUGCGCAGUGUGAAGGUGCAACAUAAUGAGUCACUUAAAAUGCAUAAUGUUCUCCACAUCCAGCACUCUACAUGGCCUGACCAUGGCGUGCCAAAUGAAACCAGUGAUGUACGGAACAUUCUAAAAAGAUUAUAUUACAUUCCGAAAGGGUACCAAAUAGUUGCACAUGGCAGUGCAGGCAUUGGGAGAACUGGUGCUUACAUCACCAUCCAUAAUGCAGUAGAGAGGGUAAUGCUUGGUGAACAAUCUGCUAUAGAUAUUGCAGCAACUGUCAAUAUGUUUAGAUCCCAGCGUCCUGGAAUGGUCCAAACAGAGGAGCAAUACAUGUUCUGCUAUCAGGCCAUUGCGGAUGAGCUGAAAGAUCUGACUAAAAUUUUUGGCACAUGGUCCGAGAGGAGUUUCUUCAAGAGACUCUUGUGA